AUGACCAUGCACAUCAUCGGCGCCGGAGUCGGCCGCACCGGCACCUACUCCCUCAAACUCGCGAUCGAGCAGCUCGGCUUCGGGCCGUGCCACCACAUGGAGGAAGUCCUCCUCAACAUGCCGACGCAGGUCCCCCUCUGGUCCGCGGCCGUGAACGGGCGUUUCGAGUGGCAGGCGAUCUACGACGGGUACGCGAGCGCCGUCGACUGGCCCACCGCCGGGUUCUUCCGCGAGCUGUACAGGGCCUACCCCGAUGCCAAAUACGUCCUGACGCAUCGAAACCCCGAGAACUGGGCGGACAGCUUCGGCUCAACGAUCCACGCCCUGCUCUCCAAAGUCGAUGAGGCCCCACCUGAAAUGCAAUCCUGGCUCGAGAUGGCCUCGGGCGUGAUCACGCGGACCGGCUUCCCCGCCGACUUGGACCGCGACGGCCUCAUCACCGCCUUCAAGGCACACAACGACGCGGUGCGGGAGACCAUCCCGAGCGACCAGCUCCUCGUCUACGAGGUCCGCGAAGGGUGGGAGCCGCUCUGCGCGUUCCUCGGCGCCGACACACCGUCGGGCCCGUUCCCGCGCUCCAACGACCGCGCCGAAUUCUGGGACCGCGUGUCCGGGAAAGCCUGA